CAGUCCACGUGGAGCGCCGGAGCGAGGAGGAAGCGCGGCCGCAGCAGCAGCAGCAGCAGCCAUCAUGAGGCGGCCUAAGUUGAAGAAAGCUAGUAAGCGCAUGAGCUGCCACAAACGUUAUAAAAUACAGAAAAAGGUACGUGAACACAACAGAAAACUCCACAAGGAAGCCAAGAAACGUGGGCACAAAAAGCCAAAGAAAGAUCUAGGAGUUCCUAAUACGGCACCUUUUAAGGAGGAGGUUCUUCGGGAAGCUGAACAAAGAAAACAAAGGCGUGAAGAACUAAAGCAAAAGCAAAAACUUGAUCGGCAGAAGGAGCAAGAAAAGAAACGUAAACAUGAAGCUAAUAAAAAGGAUGUGAGUGAAGUAAAACAUCAUGAAAAGAAAUCAGCCACUCAACAAAAAGCCAAGUCAGAUCAGCAGGUAGACAAAAAUUCAAAGAAAUCCUUUUGCAGGGAGCUUAAAAAGGUGAUCGAGGCUUCUGAUGUAGUGCUGGAAGUCUUAGAUGCUAGAGACCCUCUAGGCUCUAGGUGCCCACAGGUGGAGCAACUUGUUAGUCAGUCGGAUGGAGAGAAAAAAUUAUUCUUGAUUUUAAAUAAAAUUGAUCUCGUACCAAAAGAGAACGUAGAGAAAUGGCUAAUUUUUUUAAAUAAUGAACUUCCAACUGUUGCUUUUAAAUCUGCAAUGCAGCUGAAAGACAAAACUGUGCAAGAGAGAAAACGCACUAAAAAACAGAGUGCGUAUAUUGAGUUAUCGAGAGCAAGCUUGUGCUUUGGGAGCGAGUGCCUCCUAAAACUCCUUCGGGAGGACAGUGUGGCUAAAGACAAAGCUCUACAGGUUGGUGUAGUAGGUUUUCCUAACGUGGGGAAAAGCAGCAUAAUCAAUAGUCUGAAAGAAAUGCGUGCCUGCAACGUGGGACCAGUGAAAGCCCUUACUAAGUCCAUUCAAGCAGUUCACAUUGACAAACAUAUCAAGAUGUUAGACAGCCCAUGUAUUGUUGCAGCACCUUGCUGCUCUCCUGUUGCCCUGGCACUGAGAAGUUCUCAUACAGAUGUUGCUGCUAUCAACUUAGUUGAUUCAGUAGAUGCUAUUCUGAAGCACUGCAGCAAACAACAGAUAAUGCUCAACUACAACAUCCCAGACUACAGAAACACCCUGGAGUUUUUAACUCUGCUUGCUCAGAAAAGAGGAAUGCUGAAAAAGGGAGGACUUGCUGAUACGGAGGGUGCAGCUAAAUUAUUGCUUUAUGACUGGACAGGUGCCAAAGUCAGUUACUAUUCACGACCCCCUGCUGCAUGGACCCUGUCGCCACACCUUUCCAAUGAUGUCGUAGCAGCAGUACAACAGAGUUUUAAUUUUCAGGAACUGGAAGAAGAUAACAAAAGCACCUUGAAAGCUAAUAAAUACCCCAAUCAAGCGAGCAGUAUUGUCUUUCAAUCUCCUGGCUUCACGGAUGGCAUAAUAGACGAUCAACUGCCAGAGAAAGAAAUGGAACAAGAGAGUAUGGAAGCAAGUGAGGCGGAAGAGGAAUUAACUGAAGGAGCAGAUGAGGGGGAUGAAAUAGAAAGUGAUAUUGACGAUAUGGAAAAGGAAAGCGACAGAACAGCAAGUGGCGAAAUAACAUCGGAAGAGCUGAAUGCAAAUAGGGGGAACUUACCUGCAGGUAAACAACUCAGCUUAGAUAAGACUGGUGACCUGGAUGAUGCAUAUGACUUCAAUACAGACUAUAUGUAAAGAGAUUAUCAAAAGGUUCUGAGUGUACUGUAGCUUUCUGGAACGAGCACUAGGACUCUUUGGAGCCUCAAGGUUCCCCCCCCCCCAUCUGCUAAACACCAGGUCGAUGUGAAUAUUGUAUAUAAUGCUAAAGAACACGGCAGAGCUGGCGAGAAAAAUAUUUUCAACUUUGUAAAUUGUAUUAAAUAAACACUUUCAUCACUUCA